UCAAUAAUAGAUGAUAAUAUAUAAAUGUACUUUUUUUUUUUAUUAAUUUGAUGAAUUAUUGGAAAAAUACUGAAAUAGGCUGAUAAUUGAUAGUAGUAAACUCGCAAGUCGCUCAAAAGUCAAUAGUUGACGUCGAGAAUUCAGAUUGAAUUGAAAAUUAUAGAUUUGGCCUUCGAUUUCAAGGGCUCUAACUAGUUUAAUGUGUUUCGUAGUUUACUUAAAAGUUAAUUCGUUUUACCGUAAUCAACAACCUUGAAAUUGUAUAAUUCAAUAAUAAUAAAAUAAAGAUUGUGAAUGCUGAUAUUUGAUACUAAAAUAAUGAAGCACUACCUAGGUAGUUGUAUUCGGUGUUAAUACAAUAAUCAUGUAAAUGAGUGGGAAAAAUUGAAGAACUGUAAUUUUUGUCUUUUGGAGUAAAAUAAAGCACUAUGGCGUUAGUGGAAGGAUUUGGUGAUGAAGUUAUUCAGUUUUUUGGUAUACUGUUCGUUGUUGUAUUGAUCGUAUUACUAUGGAUGUCUACACAAGUAGCCGAAAUGCAAAUAUUCCGUGGUGCCGUUUUUAUCUUGGAAAGACGUACAAGGAGACGACACCAUGAUGCUACUAGGGCCACACCUGUAGUUGUUCCUAAUCAAACCACGAGUGAACAAUCGGCAACUGAAACUGUUCCAUUAAAUGAUGUAACUCAAACAACAAAUUCAACUUUAAGCAAUGAUAAUCCUGUUGCUGCAAAAACUGAUGUAUCAGAAACUGAACAGUUUGAUGAAUCUAGUCAAAGCAAUGAUACCAAUGAUAUUGAAAAUGAACCACAGAUUUAUGAAGACUCUAUAAGAAUACGACUGAAGUAUUUGAACGACAACUGUCGUUUGGUUCAAGGCAGACUACAAGAAACAAUUGGAGUUUUCAAAAGGAGACACUUUACCAAUGAGCUAUCAUCCAAUAAAAUUAUUCGUUUGAUAUUUCAAGGAAAGGUGUUACAUGAUGAUGAAGCAUCACUAAGUAGUUGUGGACUUCAUGAUAAUUGUGUUGUACACUGUCUUAUACAUCAGCCACGUCCUACAGCUAAUGCUCAGCAAACCCCUGAUCCUGUAAACCACAAUGCUGCUGAACAAACACUACCAAACGUUAUACGUCAUGGUCAUCGUCAACAUGGACCAGUUCAACGUGAAUGGAAUUUGGCAACAUUAUUAUCUGCUUUAAUCACGAUUAUAAUAUCAUUACUUUGGUACGCCAGAAUCCAGUUCUACUCAUUUUUUUCUUAUACAUCUACGGGUACACUGGGAAUAUUGACUGGAAUUUUUUUGUUCACCGCCUUUCUCACUUAUUUGGUGGACAGUGAAGAGCAACAACAUCAUCGACCACAAACUGGACAUUAAUAUGUUAUAAAGCUAUAUUUCAGUACAUAAAAUCAAAGUAAGCACAAAAGCUGGUCUCAAAAUAUUUUAAAAUGUAUGUA